GAUCUUUGAUAAACAGAGGGGCGCUUGGCAAGCACAGAUACUGUACACUGUGGCUCAUCUGGGCAUAGCUGAUGAGCUAGGCAGGAAAGGACCACAGACAGCAGAUGCCCUGGCAAAAUCGCUAGGGCUUGACAGUGAGCGAUUGUACAGAGUACUGAGAAGCGCUGUUCAGAUGGGAAUCUUCACAGCGGUCAAGCCUUUGCACAGGGGAGGGCCAGCACGCUUCAAGAACAACCGCCUGUCUGCUGUGCUCAGAAUUGACCACCCAAACUGUCUGCGAGACAUGGUUCUGCACCAGACGGAUCACAACAAGCCGGCAUGGGAUGAGCUGGCGUGGGCGGUGCGCACCGGAGGCAAGGCCUUUGAGAAGACGCACGAUGGGCUGUCGGAGUUCGAGUGGCUCAAGCUGGACCCCAAGGAGGAGGACAAAUUCUCCAAGGCCAUGAAGCAAGUGGACAACAUGGGGACGAAUGCGAUGGCGACUGACUACAAAUGGAAUGCGCACUCGCGCAUUGUGGACAUUGGCGGCGCGUACGGCUCUUUCAUGGCGCACCUGCUCACAGUCAACCGCAAGCCGCGAGGGGUCCUCUUCGACCAGCCCCAGGUCAUCGAGAGGGCCAAGGAGAUGUGGGCACAGAACAAGCACUGGUCCCUGCUUAACCCCCGCCUGGAGUUCGCUGCUGGGGACUUCUUCAAGCCGGAGACGAUGCCCAAGGCCAAGGAUGGGGACGUGUACAUGAUGCGCCUCAUCCUGCAUGACUGGGAUGACAAGGACAGCAUCGCCAUCCUAUCCAGCAUCCGGCAGGCCAUGGGCAGCGCCAAGGCCAGGCUGCUCAUUGUGGAGACCACAAUUGGAGAGGAGUUUGCGGAUCCCCUGUUCCAGCGCGCACUGCUGGAUGUGCACAUGAUGGUGGCGCUCAAUGGAGCAGAGAGGACAGUGGCGCAAUGGAAGCAGAUGCUGGGGGAAGCAGGAUUUACUUUUGCCCGCCACAUUCCCACCCGCAGUGUGUUCUCCAUUGUGGAGGCAUUGCCGGCAUGAGGAAGUUGGUAGCUGAAGACAUCCCACACCAUAGUUCACUCAUGUCUCAGAGGAGACGCUCAGCGCUUUGUUGCCUGAAGCCCUCUCUUAAACAACUCCACUGAGGAAUGCUAAGCAAUCCUUUUUUAAAAAUACAAAAUGCUUCAAUCCUUGCUAUUUGUGCAACACAGGCCUGUGUACAGUCUUUCAUCUAAAGAGGGGCCCAUGAAGUGGACGCAUUCAUGGAUCUCUUGCAGCAAAGUGGUGACAUGUUGAAUGAUUUUCCAGAUGCGAAGCUCUUAAGAUCCGAUUCAUGCACAUGUGGGAUCACUGAGAAAAGUGCCAGAAGUGCCACCUUUUGUGCGAAAUGUAAUGGAUGACCUGC